AUGCCUUCUAUUACAAAGCCAGUAGUGAGGAUCUCCAUAGAUCGUGGAGGCACAUUCACCGACUGCAUCGCUCGUGUGCAAGGCCAGGCCGACAUUGUAAUCAAGAUUUUGUCUUCUGACAAGAAGAAUUAUCCUGAUGCACCAACGGAGGCCAUUAGACAGGUGUUGGAGAAGGUUGAGAAUAAGCCAAUUCCAAGAGGAACAGCUUUGGAUCUCAGCAAUGUCGAAUGGAUUCGCAUGGGAACCACUGUAGCAACAAAUGCUCUGUUGGAGCGGAAAGGAGAGAGAACCGCAUUCCUGGUGACAAAAGGAUUCAAAGAUAUCCUUCUCAUCGGCAACCAAUCCCGACCUGCAAUGUUCGAUCUAUCCAUCAAGCGAGCAGAGGUGUUGUACUCUAAUGUUUUCGAGGUGGAUGAAAGAGUUGUACCCACAACAUGUUCAGAUUCAGAGUUGAGGAAACUGAACAUGCAAUAUCCCGAAGUCCCAGACAUAGUUACCAAAGUCUCAGGCGAGAGCAUAAGAGUCAUGAAGACGCUCGAUGUGCCCGCCGUCCAACAAUACCUAUCGGAUGUCUACAACCAAGGUUACCGAUCCAUCGCAGUAUGCUUAAUGCACUCAUACAUAUAUCCCGAGCAUGAGAUCCAAAUCCGAGACAUUGCUUCAAAGAUUGGAUUCACCAAUAUCUCACUCUCACACGAAGUUUCCCAAAGGUCGAAAAUAGUCCCUCGAGGCAACUCAACAGUCGUGGAUGCAUAUCUGACUCCGGAAAUAACAAAAUAUCUCGAUCAAUUUACUGCCAGUUUCCCCGAACUUAGCAGAGCUGAAACCAGAAUUGAGUUCAUGCAAUCAGACGGAGGUCUUGUGCCAUCUUCAGAUCUUUCAGGAUUACGCUCCAUCUUGUCAGGCCCUGCGGGAGGUGUAGUUGGCUACGCCGAAACCUGCUAUGACAAAGAGAACAAAAUUCCAGUCAUUGGCUUUGACAUGGGCGGCACAAGUACGGAUGUUAGUCGGUACGAUGGUGAUCUACAGCAUGUCUUUGAAACAACAACUGCGGGAAUCCCAAUUCACGUCCCACAGCUCGAUGUCAGUACCAUUGCCGCUGGAGGAGGAAGUAUUCUUGCCUGGCGAAAUGGUCUAAUGACUGUCGGCCCUGAAAGCGCUUCCUCCAGCCCUGGCCCCGCUUGCUACAGGAAUGGCGGUCCUCUCACCGUGACCGACGCCAAUCUAGCACUCGGGCGGCUGAUUCCUGAGCAUUUUCCAUCCGUUUUCGGUCCUAACGAGGAUCAGCCUCUUGAUCGAGACAUCGUUCUGGCCAAGUUUGAAGAGCUCACCAAGGAGAUAAAUCUUGAUACUGGCAAGUCUCUUUCAUGGGUCGAGGUUGCCGACGGAUUCAUCCAAGUCGCCAAUCAAGCCAUGUGUGGUCCUAUCCGGUCUUUGACUGAGUCGAGGGGCCACGAUGCUUCGAAACAUGACCUUGCAUCGUUCGGAGGAGCCGGUGGCCAGCAUGCUUGUGCAAUCGCAGACAUCCUUGGAAUUAAGAGAGUCGUCAUCCAUAAAUACUCUUCAAUUCUAUCUGCAUAUGGCAUUGGAUUGGCUGAUGUCGUACAUGAAGAAGAGCGAACAUGCGUCAAAGAUCUCGAUACGGCCACCGAUUCAAUCUAUAAACAAUUGAACGAGCUGGCCGAGACAGCAAAAAGUCACCCAUCAAUGGAAGCGUUUCCGAUUGUCCAAGCUCACAAAUUCUUGAGCAUGCGAUACGAUGGAAGCGAGACGGUUAUGAUGAUCCACGCGGAUGAGGGCGUCGAUUCCCGGCAAAAGUUUAUCGACGCACAUCACCAACAGUUCGGAUUCACUCCCACGAACAGAGCCAUUUUCGUGGACACAGUGCGCGUGCGAGCGAUUGGAAAAUACGAGAAUUCGUCGAGCAGCACUGAUUCAUCUUCGUCGAAACUUCAAAAGUCCAUCCAUGCUCCCAAGCCUAGCUCGUCAAAGGACGUCUACUUCGCUUCUCGUGGAUGGAUUAAUAUCCCAAUCUAUGUGUUUGACACUUUUGAACAAGGCACAACAUUGGCUGGGCCUGCACUCAUUGUCGACAAGACCCAGACCAUCAUUGUAUCUCCCAACGCAUCCGCAGUCCUCUCCGGCGACAACCUUGUCCUGACCGUCGAAGACUCGCAAAAGCAAUCCUUGAGCGCGUCCGAAAUCGACCCGAUACAACUUUCCGUGUUCCGCCACCGCUUCUUCGGUAUCGCAGAGCAGAUGGGUCGAGUUCUCCAGAAUGUCAGUGUGAGUGCAAACAUCAAGGAGAGGUUAGACUUCAGCUGUGCGAUCUUCAGCCCCGAUGGUUCUCUGGUCGCCAAUGCACCUCAUGUCCCUGCUAUGAUUGGAAGCAUGGCGUUUGCCGUGCAAUCGCAAAUCAAGCAGUGGGCAGGAAAGCUGAAAGACGGUGAUGUUCUCUUGUCCAACUCGCCUCGCUUUGGAGGUGUUCAUCUCCCUGAUCUUACUUUGACCACGCCUGUGUUUGACGCGGAAGGGAAGGAGAUCAUCUUCUGGGCUGCGUCGCGCGGACAUCAUGCCGAUGUUGGCGGAAUUCUACCAGGUUCUAUGCCGCCAAACUCACGGUUCCUGUGGGAAGAAGGCGCGGUAUUCGAUUCGAUCUUGAUCGUCAGAGACGGCAAGAUUGCAGAAGACGAACUUUAUCGGAUCUUGUGUGUUGAGCCGGCGAAGUACCCCAACUCCAGCGGCACAAGGUGUUACCAAGAAAACGUCACAGACAUCAAAGCACAGAUCGCCGCAAACUACUGUGAGUACACCAUGAGCGUCGUCCAAGCCUACAUGGGCGCCAUCCAAGACGCUGCCGAGCUAGCCAUCCGCAACCUCUUCAAGCGACUUGCUCCAAAGUUCAGCGGGACGGAAAUAGCAGCAGUCGAUCAUAUGGAUGACGGCACUCCCAUCCAGCUCAAAGUAACCAUCCGCGAGGACGGCUCGGCGGUCUUCGAUUUCAGUGGCACGGGCACCCAAGUACAUGGUAACUGGAACGCCCCGCCAGCUAUCACCAAUUCCUCCGUACUGUACGCUUUGCGCUGCAUGGUCGAUGCCGACAUCCCGCUGAAUCAUGGCUGCAUCAAACCAAUUGACAUCGUCAUCCCUGAUAACUCACUGCUCCGGCCCAAGUUCGAUGCGGCAGUAUGCGCAGGCAAUGUGUUGACUAGUCAACGCAUUGUAGAUGUCAUCUUCAAAGCUUUCAGAGUCUGCGCUGCAAGUCAAGGCUGCAUGAAUAACUUCACCUUUGGCAUCGACGGCGAGGGUGGCUUUGGUUACUAUGAAACAAUUGGUGGAGGUGCAGGCGCAGGACCGACGUGGAUCGGUACCAGUGGAGUUCACACGAAUAUGACCAAUACGAGAAUCACGGACCCAGAGUCGCUUGAGCGACGGUAUCCCGUGAUUCUGAAGCAGUUCGGUCUGCGCCCCAAUAGCGGAGGUUCUGGAAAGAAUCCCGGUGGCGAUGGCUUGGUGCGUGACGUCGAGUUCCGCAUCCCGAUGUCGGCAGCUAUGCUAUCAGAAAGGCGUUCAUUCGCUCCAUAUGGCAUGGAGGGUGGAGGCGAAGGAAGAAGGGGAGCCAAUACAUGGGUGCGGACAGAUGGCACACAGAUUUCAAUAGGAGGAAAGAAUUCUGUGUUCGUUCAGCCUGGUGAGAGACUAGUCAUUGAGACGCCGGGCGGUGGCGGCUAUGGUGCUCUAGAGCUAUAG